AUGAUGAAUUGCAAAAAGAGGGUAAAAGAGUUGGAGACAUUCAAGGCCAAGCAUGGCGAGCAUUGUCAGGCAGUGACGUUGAAGCUGCUGACGCAGAGGAGCUUUCAGAACAGCAGUAGCGAGGCUGAUGCUAAGAGGAAUGCAAGAAGAGAAUAA